AUGGCUCGUACGAAGCAGACAGCUCGUAAAUCUACGGGAGGUAAAGCUCCCCGUAAACAGCUUGCCACAAAAGCGGCGCGUAAAUCAGCUCCCAGUACUGGUGGAGUGAAAAAACCACAUCGUUAUCGCCCUGGUACUGUGGCUCUUCGAGAAAUUCGUCGUUACCAGAAGUCCACUGAAUUGCUGAUUCGUAAACUGCCGUUCCAGCGUCUCGUAAGAGAAAUAGCUCAGGAUUUCAAAACUGACCUUCGUUUCCAAUCUGCUGCCAUCGGUGCAUUGCAGGAAGCCAGCGAAGCCUACCUGGUAGGUCUCUUUGAAGACACCAAUUUAUGCGCCAUCCACGCCAAGCGUGUAACCAUCAUGCCUAAAGACAUCCAACUGGCCAGACGGAUUCGUGGGGAGCGAGCAUAA